CGCUGCCCAAAACUUGGACCUCCGAAAUUAGUCGUAGUCUGCCGCUCGCACAUCGUGGACGGUAUUCAUCAGAUACGCAGCACACAUCAGAACACAUUUAUACUAUCAACCAAAGAAGCAGCCAUGUCGGAGGGAGAGUCAAAGUUUGGUUUCAAGGACAUGGAGAAGGCCCUGGAGACGCUGAAGCUGCUGGAGGAUCAUGACAUGCAGUACCGAAAGCUGACCGUGCGCGGUCUCCUUGGACGCGCCAAGCGAGUGCUGACCUUGACCAAGGCGGAGGAGAAGCUGAAGAACAUCAAUGAGGCGAUUGGCGUGUUCGAGAAAUGGCUGGAGGAUAAUGGCGGCGGGGCGUCCAGCAAGAACGCCAAGACUGACAACGAGGAUAAGGUGGAGACCGUGCCCGGACUGGGCUUCAAGGACAAGGCGGCGGCGGAGGCAACGCUGAGCAUUCUGGCGGAGCGUGACCCGGACUACCAGAGGCUGGCCAUCAGGGGAUUGAUUGGCAGCUCCAAGCGAGUGCUGUCCGGCACCAAGAACGAGGACAAGAUCAAUUCCAUCAAGGAGGGAGUCCAGGUGCUGGAGGAUUUCCUGGAGAAGUUCGAGGCCGAGAACCGCAUCAAGGAGAAUCGUGCCUACUUGGCCUAUGCCGUCGUGUCCAAGCUGCCAGAGCCCAAAGAGGAUCUGUCCGUCGAGUUCCUGGCUGCCUACGGCGGCUCCAAGGCCAAGGGCAACUACAAGCACCUGCGCACCAUGUACCCCAAGGAGGACGACACCACCAGCUGGGACAUUGUGCGCAAUCGCCAGAUAGCCAAGCUGCUGGAGCAGAUCAAGAGCGAGGAGGCCAAGCUGUUCGACUCGGAGUCGGGCGAGCCCACAGAUCUCCAUUUGCAGCUGAUCCACUGGGCCUACACGCCCCAGCCGGACAAGGUGAAGGCCUAUGUGGAGAAGCUGGCCAAGAAGACGCCGCAGAAGCGCAAGCCGGAGAGCAGCAACAACAGCAACAGCAACAGCAGCAGUGCCAACGAUUCCAGCAGCGAGGACUCCGACGAUUCUGUGCCCAAAAAGAAGAAGAGGGAGUAGUGACGCCCACCCAGGGGGGAAAUGGAUCAAGGCUGCCACUUUGUAACGAACAGAAAACGGUUCAUAGUUUAUUUAAGUAUUUCUGUAACUCAACCUCAACGCAAACUACGAUUAAUGGUGGACAUCUUCUAUAUAUACAUAUAUAUAUAUGUACUUAUGUAUUGUGGUAUAUAAAUAUCGUAUUGCGUGGGCGUAUGCCUCGCGUAGGCCUCGCUUUGAUGAACAAAAACAAUAAAUCCGAGAGAGAGUA